AUGACUCGCCGGCGGUACAACAUCGCCAUGGUCAGCGACUUCUUCUUCCCGCAACCAGGAGGCAUUGAAUCUCACAUCUACCAAUUAUCAAGCAAGCUCAUUGACAGGGGACACAAAGUCAUCAUCAUCACCCACUCGUACGAUGACAGGAAGGGUGUUCGAUAUCUCACCAAUGGUCUCAAAGUGUACCACGUGCCGUUUCUCGUCAUCUAUCGCCAGGGCACCUUUCCCACUGUGUUUUCCUUCUUCCCUAUCCUCAGAUACAUUUUCAUCCGGGAGCAGAUUGAGAUUGUGCAUGGACACGGCAGUCUAAGUUGUUUGUGUCACGAGGGUAUCUUGCAUGCGAGGACCAUGGGCCUGAGGACCGUGUUUACAGAUCAUUCGCUGUUUGGGUUUGCCGACGCGGCAAGUAUUCUCACGAAUAAGCUGCUCAAGUUUAUCCUCAGUGACGUUGAUCACAGCAUCUGUGUGAGCCACACAUGCAAGGAAAACACUGUCCUCCGCGCCUCUCUAGACCCGUUGAUGGUCUCAGUCAUUCCCAAUGCCGUGGUGGCAGAAAACUUCCGUCCAAAAGAUUACCCGUCAUCUCCAGGCGCAGGCUUCGCGCCAGACCCGUCACCUCAGCGUUUAGGUCCCAACGACAUGAUUACCAUUGUCGUCAUCUCGCGCCUCUUCUACAAUAAAGGCACCGAUCUUCUCACUGCCACCAUCCCGCGCAUCCUAGAAAAUAACCCCAACACGCGAUUCAUCAUUGCGGGAUCUGGUCCCAAAGCCAUCGAUCUAGAGCAAAUGAUUGAGCAAAACGUCCUCCAAGACCGUGUCGAGAUGCUCGGCCCCGUCCGCCACGAGGACGUUCGCGACGUCAUGAUUCGCGGCCACAUCUACCUCCACCCAUCACUCACAGAAGCUUUUGGCACCGUCAUUGUCGAAGCCGCCAGCUGCGGGCUAUACGUAGUCUGCACCCAGGUCGGCGGCAUUCCGGAGGUGCUGCCAUCCCACAUGACAACAUUUGCCAAGCCCGAAGAAGACGACCUCGUCCUGGCAACCUGCAAGGCUAUCACCGCCGUGCGUGCCGGCAAAGUCCGCACAGAAAAGUUCCACGAGCAAGUCAAGAAGAUGUACAGCUGGUCCAAUGUGGCCAUGCGCACGGAAAGAGUGUACGACGGCAUCACAGGCACGAUUAGCGAAGAGGAGUUCUACGGCUUCGACACGGGUGGCUACAAUGGCAGCAGGGUGCGCAACUUCGCACUCAUUGACAGAUUAAAGCGCUACUAUGGGUGCGGUAUCUGGGCAGGAAAGUUGUUUUGCCUGUGCGUCGUGAUUGACUACCUGUUCUUCUUGUUUCUGGACUGGUGGUUCCCGCGGGAGAAUAUAGAUGUUUGUCCCGACUGGCCGCGGAAGUUGCUGGAAGAGAAUGGGAAGAGGGAGGGGAGGAGUAAUCGGUCAAGCACGUCACAACCAAGAGUUGGCCAUGAUUAA